AUGGCGCCCGUCCACUUUCUCCAGCGCCUGCGCGUCGGUCGCAGCGAGCCAGUAGCCACCGGCCCUGCCAUUACCCCGGGAUCGGCCGCCCUGCUCUCUGUGCUGUUCACCGUCAUCUACGUCGUGCCCUUCUACCUUUCCAAAACCACCCGUCCGUCGCAGACCCUCCAUCGAGAUGCGCCCUCGGUCAUCCGCGCGCGCAUACGCGCCGUCACCACGUCGUGCAUCAUAUGCACACUGAUUACACUCUACAUUCUCGCCCAGUCUGCACAUGAUAGCUUCCUGGACGCCCUACACCACCUUGGUUGGUGGCCUAUCUCGGUUGUGGAUAUAGUGAAGGUGCUGCUGUUACUCUGCGUCCUAUUUGCUGGACCGCUAUUUGAGAAUGGCAUUGUAGAUGGAGACUGGCGCGAUUGGGUCAAGGGAACGCACAUCAACGAGACCUUCAGCAGCUGGAUCGGCUGGCGCAACUUCGUAGCCGGCCCUACAACGGAAGAGCUGAUCUGGCGCUCGCUCAUGAUCCCGCUCCACCUAUCCGCGCACGUCUCGCCGACGACGACCGUCUUCGUGACGCCGCUGUACUUCGGCAUCGCGCACGUGCACCACUUCUACGAGUUCCGCAUCACGCACCCGCACACGCCCGUCGUCACCGGCAUCGCGCGCUCGCUCUUCCAGUUCACCUACACGUCUCUCUUCGGCUUCUUCGCCGCCUUCGUCUUCGUCCGCACCGCCUCGCUGCCCGCCGUCGUCGUCGCCCACGCCUUCUGCAACUGGAUGGGCCUGCCGCGGCUGUGGGGCCGCGUCCGCCCCGCGCGAUCAGCAACGGCCGAAGCGGUGCCCAUCGGGCCGGCCGGAGUGAAUGGCGAAGGGAAGAGGGCGGAUGGAAGUAGUAGGGCGGCGCAUUAUGACGACCACAUCGGCUGGACUGUGGCGUACUACACGCUGCUGGUCGGCGGCGCGCUCGGCUUUUGGUGGUUGCUGUGGCCCCUGACGGAGAGCGAAAACGCGCUGGCUGGGUUCGCGGUGUGA